AACAGGGAGGAGAUUGAACUGUAAGACUAUAUAUGACAAUAAUAAACCAUAUAUAUAUAUGCAGAGAGAGAGGCCAGAUGAGAAGCUUGCAGUACUGUUUAUCAAAGAAAGUUUAUUAAUACAUUUUUAUUAAAUUAAAAAAACACGCCGACUCCUAACAACUUUGUAAAACAACUUCAGUUGCUCAGUUCAAUACUCCCGUCCCUCACUUCUCAUCAUGGCUCCUCGAACCAUUAAGUGACGCCGUUGCAGAGGGGCAAUAGUUUGGCUCAAGCAGACAUGAUCUGACCGUUUCCAUAGCAACAAGAAGAAACAAGACAUUCCCCCAGUGACCUCAUUGUAGUUAUGACCUCAUCUAUGACAUGCGGUUCUAGAUCAAAGAACAUCUGAGGUUAUGAAUGCUUGUGUUCCAAGACCUCAGUUCAUAUCCAAGCAGCUCUUCGAACCUCAACAUUGUUUUUCGCAAGGAUUUUCAGGAUGGCAGAGAUUUUGGUCAACGUGUGUUUCCCCCUUGGUUUUGGCCUUGGAUAUUUAGUAACCACCAGUAUGAAGAAAGUUUUUGACAAACUACUUCCUGGAAGCGGUUUAGAACAACGUAGUGCUCAAGAUGAGAGCACUUCCUCCGAAUACGAUGCAUUUGAUGCAUUUCUCUACAAUCCUUCUCCAACUGAGAAGCAAACCUCCCCGGCUGGGGAGGUAGAGAAAAGUAGCACUGAAGACGAAAGCAAUUUUCCUCAAUACGAUGCUUUUGAUGCAUUUCUCUUCCUUCCAUCUCCAACAGAGAAGCAAACCUCCCCGGCUGGGGAGGUAGAGAAAAGUUGCUCUCAGGAUGAGGGCACUUUUUCUGGAUAUGAUGCAUCUGUCUUCAAGCCUUAUCCAACAGAGAAGCAAACCUCCCCGGCUGGGGAGGUAGAGAAAAGUUGCUCUCAGGAUGAGAGCACUUUUUCUGGAUAUGAUGCAUCUGUCUUCGCCCCUUGUCCAACAGAGAAGCAAACCUCCCCGGCUGGGGAGGUAGAGAAAAGUUGCUCUCAGGAUGAGGGCACUUUUUCUGGAUAUGAUGCAUCUGUCUUCAAGCCUUAUCCAACAGAGAAGCAAACCUCCCCGGCUGGGGAGGUAGAGAAAAGUUGCUCUCAGGAUGAGAGCACUUUUUCUGGAUAUGAUGCAUCUGUCUUCGCCCCUUAUCCAACAGAGAAGCAAACCUCCCCGGCUGGGGAGGUAGAGAAAAGUUGCUCUCAGGAUGAGGGCACUUUUCCUGAAUAUGAUGCAUCUGUCUUCAAGCCUUAUCCAACAGAGAAGCAAACCUCCCCGGCUGGGGAUGUUUGCUUUGUAGAUAAGCAGCUUCUCUCAGAAACAACAGAUGUUUUAAAUAACCAAGUCAGCAAAAGCAAAGAAGGCAGCAUUGACAAUAUUUGUAAGUUUUCCAACCUUUGCAAAAAUGGUUGGAUUAACGCCAGUUUUCAAGGCAUAUUGAAUUUGAAUUUAACCAGAAAGGUCCUUUUUCAAAAUCCCAAGAAGUUUUCUAAGGCAUCAUCAGCCACACCAUUAUGUGCCAGUCUCAUCUCGACAGCCGUUCACAAUCCGGGAAAAUAUUUUACCCCACUGGAAAUGGCCCGAGUUCAGAUGGAGCUGAGAGAAAAUGAACUGUGGUCUGACUUGGAAACGCUCCACAGCAGAAGGUGGGCCCAGCAGCAGUGAUCACGCUGCAGCGGGUGAUGAACGAGCGCGCGGCGACCGCAGGCGGG